ACCCACAUCGCGUCGCCUUUCCAUCCCAUUCUGCACCCGAAACGCCUCAGCUCUCAACUCCAACCCGUGCGAUAUACAAGCACGCCUCUCCCCCUUCCUCUUCCUCUCCCCAAGAGUCCCAGACGCGAGCGAACCCAAAAUUCCCGACCCCGCAAGCCCUAACCGCCCGCCGGUCCCGCCCGGUGCCACGCAGUCGCGCCCGAUCCGCAGCUGCGCUGGCCUCCCCGCGCCCCAAACCCUAGGGAUCCCGCCCGCAGGGGGUCCGCCGAAUCUGCGGGGAUGGAGGGGCUGGUGGGGAGGGCGGUGAGGAAGGCGUUCCCGGGGUUCGGGGUGUACGCGGGCGUCGUGGAGUCGUACGACACCGAGGCGGGCUACUUCCGCGUGCUGUACGAGGACGGGGACUCGGAGGAGGUCGACGCCGAGGAGAUGGCCGAGAUGCUUGUUGGUCCCCCGAUGCCGCCGGCGCUGCAGCGGACGCCGCCGCGGGAAGCUGCUGGGAGGCGGCCGAAGAAGCGGCGGCGCGGGGACGAGGAGUCGCCGAAUGGAGAAAUCGAGCCCGAGACGACGGCGGAGAAGAAGGGGAGGGUUAGUCCCGGGCCCGAUUCGGCUAGGCCGCUGCGGCGGAGCGCGCGGCAAGCGAAGGCGGCGGCGAGGGUGGCUGAGAUGGAGGCUGUGGUUGCUGUAGCGGCCGCUGCAGAGGCCGCUGAGGCCGAGGCCGCGGCUGCUGUGACGCCACAGCAGUCUGGGAGGAAGCGUCCUCGUGCAAAUGGGAGUGGACGGUAUCGGUCCGUCUCCAAGGAUUUGGAGGAAGCUGCGGUGGAGAGGCUGCCUCCGAAGCCGGAGCUGCCGCCGUCAUCACAGGGUUUGGAUUUGGGGGGCCUCCCUGUUCUCGAUAUCUUUCAAGUCUACUCAUGCUUAAGGUCAUUUAGUAGGCAGCUAUUCCUGAGCCCGUUUCCACUGGAGACAUUUGUGUCUGCGCUACGGUGCACGCAUGUGAAUCCCUUGAUUGACUGGGUGCAUUUCGCUCUUCUGCGAGCUCUGAAGAGCCAUUUGGAAGAUUUCGCCAACGAAGGAGACCCUUCGGCAAUACACUGCAUUAGGAAUCUUAACUGGGAACUUUUAGACCUAGCAACUUGGCCAAUCUAUCUCGCCGAGUACUUGCUAACCAGGGGCUCAGAAUUGAGGUAUGGUAUGAAGCUUACAGACUUAAAGCUGCUGAGUACGGAGUACUAUAGGCAGCCCGCAGUGGUGAAACUCGAGCUGCUGCGGUCACUAUCUGAUGAUGUUAUGGAGAUUGAGGCUAUACGGUCAAGGAUGUCUGAGUCAGAUGGAAAUGAUGAGGGCUUUAGAAGCACUGGUUUAAGAAAAAGGAGGGGUUCUUCUGUCAAGGGGCAGGCAGAUUCUUCUCCGCCUCCGGAAGGCUCUGGUGAUAUGGAUGAUGGUAACAGUGAUGAGUGUUACCUUUGUGGCAUGGAUGGUAAUUUGUUAUGCUGUGAUGGCUGUCCGGCAGCCUUCCAUUCUAAAUGUGUGGGGGUGGUGGAGGAUCUAUUGCCUGAAGGUGAUUGGUAUUGUCCGGAGUGUUUAAUACAGAAGAAUGAUGGAUCUAGAAAUAUGACAAAUCCCAUGAGAGGAGCAGAGGUUCUGGGAAUUGAUCCGCAUGGCCGACUAUACUUUGGCACUUGCGGCUAUCUUUUGGUGGUUGACUCAUGUGAUGUGGACUCUCCAUGUCAUUAUUAUGGUCAGAUUGAUCUUCAUUCCCUUGUUGUGGUGUUGAACCCAUGCCAUCCUUCAUACAGCUCAAUUGUUAAUGCAACAUCUUUAUUUUUUGGUACUGCAAUCGAGCCGCCCAGCUUUAAUGGUCGGUACCAGAGUAGCAAGGAAUGUAGUACAUCUGAUGCUGAGACAGAUUGUGGGCAUUUAUCAUCGUUGAAGGAACCUAGUGAAUAUGAGCAGUUUAAGGUCGAACCAUUGCAUUUUGGAAAAGCUUUCGCCUCAAAUUCCGAUCAGUUAGAUCAGGAUGCAUCACACCGGAACAUCACAUUGAGAUCUGCACUUAUGUCUGGAAGUGAAAACAAAACUGCUGCUGAAGAGGUGUUGAAUCAGACACCUCAAAAUAACACCUCUAGUGAUAAGAAUGAUCACCACAAUUCUCAGCAAGAUGCUGUUUCUUCACAUGCUAAUGGUUCAUCUGCAUUGAAUAAGAAAGAUCCAUCACCUCAGGAAAAACCAAGUGAUUGCCAUUUCUAUUCAGACCCUGCUAGGUACAUAAACUAUUACAGUUUUGGUCAAAUAGCAGCUUCAGCUGCUGAAGAGUUAAAACACAAGCUGUCUGAAAACAAGGAAGGGAAGAAACCUGCUCAGGAUGCACCUUUGUUCUAUCUAAGAACAAUAUGUAAGAAAUAUGCUAACAUUUUUGCACUAACUGAUCAAAAGCUUUCUGUCGAGCUGCUUAAAGAAAAAUGUGGCUGGUGUAACUCCUGCCAAAUUAGUGGCGGUGUUGAUUGCAUUUUCAGAGUAACUGAUGUUAAAUGUAUGGAAGGUCCUAAGCUACAUGAUUUUGGUCCCCGGGCAGAAAAAAACAUGGAAAGCCAUAUUGUUCUUGCUGUGCACAUCAUUUUGUCAAUUGAAGAACGGUUGGAUGGUUUGCUGGCUGGCCCCUGGCAAAAUCCACAAUAUAGAGAUUAUUGGCGUAACACAGUUCUGAAGGCUUCAGAUGUAUCAUCACUGAAGCAGCCUCUUCUAAUGUUAGAGUCCAGUCUGCGACGUGUUGCCAUUUCUGUGGAAUGGCAGAAACCGGCGGACUCUGUUGAAGUGGUUGGUUCUGCAGCUCAUAUCUUGGUCCGCUCAUCUAAUAAAUCUUCAACUCAUGGAAGUUCAAGAAAGCCAGGGAGAAAGCCAUCGUCCAAUGGUGAACUCAAAGUUGACUCUCGUGAUGUUGGUGUUUAUUGGUGGAGGGGUGGAACAUUAUCUCGUCAAGUGUUCCAUUGGAAGAGGUUGCCGCAGUCACUGGCCUACAAAGCUGCUCGGCAAGCGGGACGUAAGAAAAUUCCGACCAUUUUAUACCCUGAUGGCUCACAAUUUGCUCGGAGGUUCAAAUACAUAGCUUGGCGAGCGGCUGUAGAAAUGACAGAGAAUGUGGCCCAGCUCAUUUUGCAGAUUAAAGAGCUUGAAUGGAAUAUCAAGUGGACUGAGAUAUUGAGUACUCUUCCAUCUAGCCUUGCAACAAAGGAAACCCAGAAAAUAGCAAGGUUUUUUAAGAAAGUUAUAAUCCGCAGAAAACACAUAGAAGGAACAAAUGCUGAAUAUCUACUUGACUUCGGAAAGAGAGAGAACAUUCCUCCUGUUGUUUCUAAACAUGGAACAAAAUUUGAGGAGCCUUCUAGCGAGAGGAACAGGUACUGGUUAAGCGAAGGACAUGUCCCUCUGAAUCUGUUGAAGGCAUAUGAAGCCAAAGCAUUAGCUCGUGUAUUGAAAAAGAAAGAAACUGAUGAUCUUCCUAAGAAGACUAAGAAGAGGCGUGACUCCAAACCCAAAAUGCCAAAAAAAUCAGGGUUUGAUUACCUCUUUGAGAAGGCUAAAAAGCUAUCCAUCAGGCUUUGUGGUCAUUGUAACAAAGAAGUGACUGCCAGUGAAGCUGUGAACUGCCAAUAUUGUGCAGCUCUUUUCCAUAAAAAACAUUUCAAGGUUCCUAGAGGUGCUGUUGAUGCUGUUUAUGUUUGCAACAAGUGCCUAGCUGAAAAGGUCUUGAAGGUGAGGUCUCCACAGAAAAAGGCUGCACCAAAGAGGACCUCUCCAAGAAAGAAGCAAAAGAAACAAUCACGCAAGAUUUUGACUAGGAGAAAUCAGAUAGUUCUCAAAUACAAGACGAAAACUGGCAAAAAGAGUAAGCGUGGUCGGCCUAGAAAGAACCCACCGAAUGUAUCAAAGAAUGAAUCACCAAAGAUGCCUGAGAGUGAACCAUCAAAUGUGCCCAAGAAUGAACCGGUGAAACGUUUAUCAAGACGAUUGUAUGAUAAGUACAUGAAAGGCAACUCAAAUAUAUCUGAGCAUGCAGCUAUCUGUCGUAAGAGGAAGAGGACUGCUUUGCAUUAUUCAUACUGGUUAAAUGGCAUUCGAUGGACACAAAAUGCAGAUGAUGAACGGGCAAAAAAAUUUAGGAAAGAAAGAGUUGUUUUUCCAUCCGAAGAUGCUGAAAUUUCUGAAGUCAGUCCAGUAUGCUGUUUGUGUGAGAAAUGCUAUAGCGAAGAGGCUAUUUAUAUUGCUUGUGAAAAAUGUGAAGAUUGGUUUCAUGGGGAUAUAUAUUCUAUUACCCUUGAGAAUGUGAACAAUCUCAUAGGUUUCAAAUGCCAUAGAUGCCGUCUGAGAGGUGUACCUGUCUGUCCAUAUGCACAAAAUGGUACAAUUCUGAAAGCUCGUUCAGAUAAGGAACACGACAACAAGUAUGUACAGGACGAGGACCACAACUGUCCCAAAGAUCUCGGUGCUCAUGGCAGUCAGAAAGAGCUUCAUGAUCAUAGCAUCGAGAAAAGGCUCAAUGGUCAUAUUACUGAGAUAGAGCUCAAUGAUAAUGAUUGUCUAAAGGAGCUGAAUGAUCAUAGCAAUCUGAAAGAGGUUGACGGUCAUAGCACUGAGAAAGAGCUGGAUGUUGAUAAAAGUUUGAAAGAGCUAGAUGCCCAUAACAAAUUGAAAGGGCAUGACAGUCCUGGCUCUGAGAAAGAGUCUGAUGAUCAUAAUUAUCUGAAAUGGCUCGACAAUAACAACAAUCUGGAAGACCUUGACAGCUAUAGGACUGAGAGAGAGCUUAAUAACCACAGUUGUCUUAACGAACUGGACAGCCAUAACAAUCUGAAAGAGCUUGACAAUCAAAACAGUCGAGAGGAGCUUGAUGGUACUGAAAGUAGCGAGUUCGCUGCUGAAGAAACACAAUGUAUGAAAGAACUGGCCAGUUUGAACAGUCUGAAGCUUGAUAAUCAUAACAUUCUGGAAGAGCUUGAUAAUCAUAACUGUCCAAAAGAGAGUGAUAAUGGUAACAGUUCGAAAGAGCUGGACAAUAAUAGAAGUCCAAAAGAGUUUGCUAGUACUGAAGAUAGCAAGUUUGCUUCUGCAACAACACAUUCGGGUGAUUUUCUGGCUGAACAGUUCAACAACAUUAGGAUAUCUAGCAGAGACACUGAUCAUUACAUCUGAAACUGGUUCAGUAAAGGAAUCUCUUGCUUUGUUAUCUAAGGAUGAUUCUUAGAACUCUGUUCCUGCUGAGCAUGAGAUUGACCUUCAGGUGGUUGUGACUUUAUAGUAUACUGUGGACAGUCGAAGGGAACUUCCAGCCCCAGCAUUAGUGUCCUUAGCUCCACUUUCACUUCUUUGUGCUACUGUGGUUGAAAAUUCUGUGACUGUCAACUCAAAGUGCCUCACAUCUUAGUGUCACUGGUUCUAUAGGGAAAAGGCUAUUUUUGUGGUUUCCUUUGGGAUAUGCUGAUCUGACAAGCCAAGCGUUAGAAUAAUUGACUCAGAGGUCAAGUUAUAACACUCUUGAUAGGGCUGACAUAGGGAAUAGUUAGAUAUCAUUUCCUUCCCACGCUUCACCCUAGCUUUCAGAAUAUGGGAUUCAUAUUGCACUUUACUGAGAUUAUGCAUUGAUUUGGAUAUCUCCAAGUACAAGCGGCUGGUAUUUGGUAGCCCUGCAUUAACACAUCAUGUUCAAGGCAGGAGAUAAAAAGAAAAAGCAGUCACUACCGCCGUGAAGCACGAGGCAUCCGCUCUCCUGAUCUCGCUUGUGCAUCCUUAGAUACUGUACCAGAUUGACAAGCCAUCCUAAUGAUUCAUUUUUUUGAAUUGCUUCUAACAGUCAAUUGCAAACGUUACUUGUAUAUGCUGCAGGGUAAUUCAUCUUGACGCAGUCAUUAGUUUUUGUAUAGUGUUUCAUUUGGCUUCGAGUUACAAGGUUAACUGAGGGCGGUCUGUAUGUCAUCAUCAGCAGCAAUUGUCACUUCUUUAUAGUGACAAUUGAGCAAUUAUCCCGGUUAACUGAAGCAUUGCAUCUGUUUGUAC